UUUUUUCUGGUAGCUCUAAUUAGUGCCCAGGAAGUUGUCUUGAGCUGAGGAAUGAAGGAAUGGCUGCGAUUUUGCGGCAGAAGAUGGGAAACAUUAAUGGCGAAGUGUGCCGGAAGGAGAGGGUUGUGGUGGCUGUAAAGGCUUCCAAGGAAGUGCCACGAGCCGCGCUGCUGUGGGCUGUUACCCAUCUUGUUCAGCCUGGUGAUCGAAUAACUUUGCUUCUCGUGGUCUCACCGCACAGCUCAGCUCAAAUACUUCGGAAUUUUCCCAGGUUUUCAAGAGAAUGUUCAAGUGGAUGCAAGAGGUCAAAGACUUCUGUUAAUACUUCAAGCUUCAAAUAUGAUUUAACAGGCUCAUGUUCUCAUAUGAUUUGUCAACUUCGCGGUAUAUGUGAUACAAGCAAGAUGAAAAUUAAAGUAAAAAUCAUUUCGGGAUCACCUUGUGGAGCAGUUGUGGCUGAAUCCAGGAGAGUGCAAGCAAACUGGGUAGUGUUGGACAAACAACUGAAGAGCGAGGAGAAGAAAUGCAUGAAGGAGCUUCACUGUAACAUUGUAAUUUUCAAGCAUACCCAACCGAAGAUUCUACGCCUUAAUUUACUUCAGUCGCCUGAGAGAGAACCCCAUGUGUUCAGGAUACUUACUCCAGAAUAUAAAAACACUACUGAAGACCAAACGAUGAAUCCAUCUAGCAGCCCUGAGUUAUGGUCACAUUUAACUAAUACUGAAUUAGGAACAACUUCUAAGUCGAGUUCCCCAUUUCUUUUAUCUGAGAUAAAGGUGGACUCAAAGAAACGACUGAGUAGCUCUGAAUCCUGCUGUAAAUGCCGGAGUUGUUUGACAACAUUGUGGUUUUAUCCAUGGAUGGAUCUGUGUCAUGACACUGAUGAAAGAUUGAUUAAGAAAGAACACUCACUGAAAGUUAAAAAAGAGGACUGCUACAUGCAAAAGGACUUGGUGUCCAAGUUCAGCAAACUUGGCAUAAAAUCUGGAAUGCAUAUAGAAGAUAUUAAGCUUGACAGGCAUGUUAGAAAACCUAUUGAACUGUCAGAAAAUGCAUCUUUAGGACCUCCUCCUUUAUGUUCAAUUUGUAAACACAAAACAACUGGAUUUGGGAAGCCCCCCACAUCAUUUAGUUAUGCUGAGUUAAGUCUUGCUACAGGAGGAUUUUCUAGAGAUAACUUUUUGGCUGAGGGUGGCUUUGGCGUUGUUUACAGAGGUGUUUUAGCUGAUGGUCAGCUGGUUGCAAUUAAGCAGAAUAAACUUGCUGGUUCGCCAGGAGACGCUGAGUUCUGUUCAGAAGUGGAAGUUCUAAGCUGUGCGCAGCAUCGUAAUGUGGUGAAGUUAAUUGGUUUCUGUAAGGAGGGUGAAAGAAGGCUACUGGUUUAUGAAUAUGUAUGCAAUGGUUCUCUAAAUUUUCAUUUAUAUGGUUCGAACCAAAGAAGAUUGGAAUGGGCUGCCAGAAGAAAAAUUGCUGUUGGUGCUGCUCGUGGAUUGAGGUACCUUCAUGAAGAGUGCAGAGUUGGUUGCAUAAUCCACCGAGACAUGAGACCAAACAACAUUCUAAUCACACAUGAUUUUGAAGCACUGGUUGGAGAUUUUGGCCUGGCAAGAUGGAAGCCUGAUGAAGGGCUUGGUGUCGAAACACAAGUUAUUGGAUCCUUUGGGUAUUUGGCACCAGAAUACAGUAAGAAUGUCCACAUCACUGAAAAAGCUGAUGUAUAUUCGUUUGGAGUGGUAUUGCUGGAGCUCCUAACUGGAAGAAGAGCUAUGGAUAUUAGAAGACCAAAGGGUCAGCAUCGUCUCACUGCAUGGAUUCGGCCAUUAUUGGAUGAAUGUGCCAUUAAAGUUCUACUGGAUCCAAAUCUUAGAAACAACUACAAUGAGAAAGAGGCAAUCUGUAUGCUGCGUGCUGCAUCUCUAUGCAUCAAUAUAAAUCCCGAAGCUAGGCCACUUAUGUCUCAGGUACUAAGGAUACUGGAGGGUGAUUGUUUUAUCGAACAGAGUGCUUAAACAGUUAUUCAUAUAGGACAAAAAGUGUGACGGCAUCAUGGUAAUUGUUGAGAUUUGUAACUAAUUUAGGGUUCUAUUGAUAAAAAAGAAAUAUAGAAGAAGCCUAGGGGUUUAUUUAUAAAACGUUAUAAUGUUCUUUAUAAGCCCAUAUCAUGAAUGGAUAGAGAAAGUUUUUUUGGAGCAAUUAUCUCUUUUGCAAAAAUGUCAUCUAAUAGAUGGAUAAACUAAACAAUAGUAAGAAAACCACAUCUUGUG